AUGUCUACGAUUGUCGAGGCGGAGAAUGGAGCUCCCAUCUUCAAAGCGGUCUCAAGUUCUGCAAGGCAGCUAUUCCAAUUGCUCAACUGCAUUCGUUUUGCUCCCAAGGCUCAGGUUCAGAUCAGCAGUGAGGGUCUGAGAUUUGCGGUAGAGGCUUCUAGGGUCAUGCAAGGUUAGUCUCCUUAUAUGUAUCCCAGGACCCCGCAAUAACGAUUCCCAGGCAUUGUUUUCCUUGAUAAAGCGCUUUUUACCUCAUUCAAGUUCAAUCAACCUGCGGGAGAGGUCUCGGAAGAGGACCCAGAAUUUGCUGCGCCCGACCUACCCAACUUUCAAACUUCCUUAGCAGCUCUCCUUGAAACUCUUCAGAUAUUUGGAGCCGAAAAUGCCGUAAGUAACCGCGUCUCCAAGUCUGAAAACGAUGGUUAUAAUAGCAAUAUUCGUCGGGAUCGCCCAAAUGCUUUCAGCAAUCAGGCGCUCGGGAUGGCAGGCACAUGCAGACUCUCUUAUCAGGGUGAGGGGUCACCAUUCAGCAUUAUUCUUGAAGAAUCUGGCGUCACUACCACAUGCAACCUCAAUACCUAUGUCUCCGAAAAUCCCGAAGAAAUCCCUUUUCAACGCGAUGCCAUGGCAGUCAAAAUCAUCAUGCAAGCACGUUGGCUUUCGGAUGCGGUUGCAGAGCUCUCAUCUACUUCUCCAAGUCGGUUAGAUAUCACUGCACAUACUGGGGCACCAUAUCUUAGUCUUUCAUCUCUGGGUCACCUUGGUAGCGCAAGUGUCGAAUUUUCCAAGGGUCGUGAACUGCUUGAGACCUUUACAGUAACACAGACAUGGACUCAAAGUUAUAAAUUUGAGAUGAUCAAAGCUGCAGCUGAAUCUAUGCGAUUGGCUAGCAAGGUCAGCAUUCGAGGUGACGAGCAAGGUGUUUUGAGCAUGCAGUUUAUGGUUGAAGUUGAGGGUGGUGGCAUAAGUUUUGUUGAUUACAGAUUCGUUCCUUUUCUACAAGAUGAAGAAGCAGAGGAUGAUGAGUAUGAAGAGGAAGAGGAUGAGGACGAGGACGGAGAGAAUGAUACCCAAGAGCCUUGA